CAUCUUACUUAAUCUCAAACCACCGGUCUGGAAGGAUCUAUUUUUAAAAUUUUGAAAUUCGAACGACUUGUUUUUCGAAAAUGAAAGUGCUUUGUGCGUUCCUGAUAGUCGCGGUGGUGGCGUGCGCGGCGGCGCCUGGACCUGUUGAUGACAAUAGGAUCGAGCUGUUCUCUGGGGUUGCCAUUGAAAAAGAUUCAUCAGGGGAAGACAAAUUAAAGGUUAAUUUUGAACCUGGGGAACUGAAGGAGGCUGCGAGAACUUUUGAAGAAGCACGAGGGAAAAUCAAGAAGUACGCGCCCCUCCUGGCCGGUAUCGGGGUGAAGGUGGUAGCUGUGGUGGGGUUACUGUUCGGGGCGCUCACCCUCAUGGUCACCAAAGCACUGGUGGUCGCUAAGCUGGCGUUCCUCGCUGCCACCGCGUUAGGAGUACACAAGUACCUUAGCGGAGAAGGAUUUGGUAGCAUCAGCAAGGCCUCCGGAUUCCAAGCCCAGCCCCAGCAGUGGACGUCGCCCACCGCGCAAGCAGCCUCCUACCCCUACGCGCGAUCAGUGAAUGCGCAAGACGCCAACGAUCUCGCCUACAAAGCACAAAUACCUUCCUAAAACAUAAUACUUUAGGUUUACUUAGGUAUAAUAAAUAUAUACGGCAAAAUGAACCGACUUCAAAAUUCAAAUAUUUUGACGCGAAU